AUGGGCUUACCAACCGUCCCUCCACAACCACCCUCACCAACCUCCGCCCUACAAUCCCUCCUCUCCAAGCCCACUUUGUCGCAACAAACUUCUUCUUCUUCCCCCACCGAAUCCCAUCACCACCAUCACCACUACUACAACCUCGCCCUCCAAAUCGCACACAACCUCCACUAUCAACACCUAUGGACCGACAUCUACCUCCACCACAACACACCUUCAUUACGCGAAAAAAAUUGUCGUCCCAUAUUGUCUGGUCUACCGCCUCGAAGAAUUUAUGUUCAUCCUGAUGAGCAAAUCGCAUUGUUGCAGGAGAAAAAGAAGAAGGAGCAGAAAGAUGAGGAGGGGAAGAAUGGUGGAGGUGGUGAUGGUGGGAUGAUGCCUGAGAUUGCGAGGGAGCGGGAGUGGGUUUUACCGAGUCAGGUGAGAGAGAAGUGGAGUUUACGCAGAUUGGGAGAGGUGUUUGAUUCGAUUGAGAGGGUGCCGUCGUCGUCGUCGAGGGUUGGGUCUCAAGGUGUUGUUGUGAACCAGUGGCGAGAGAAUUCACCAAAGAGGUUAUUGCUCGCGACACUGGAUGACGAUAGCACGGUUGUGUACUACAUUGUGCACGAUGGGAUUGUGAAGCCCCGGCAGAAUUGA